AUGGCGCAGUCGGGUGCGCCGCAGGUUAUUCCGAAGGCGGGCUCGGCUCUGUCGCGCACAUCUUCCACGUCCACCGUCCGGGGACGGGGAAAGAGAGACCUUAGAUGCGAACCUCUUUGCAAAUCUGACAGCGGAGAGGAAAAGUUACCGCGUCAGCGAAGCCGAACUGCCUUUCGCCAGAAAGGGAGACUCGGCACAGAUGCCUUCGUCAGCAGUGCCUGGGAUGCGCUGGUGAACGCGUUUGCCGAAUGCCACUACGUUCUGCGGCAGAAUGAAGAGGGGUUACACCCUCUUUGUCCUCCUCUCUCGGCCUCGCCCUCGGGGGCAACAGGGGGGCCCUCUGGAGUGUUUUCGCCUCUCAGCAGGAAGCUCCGGCCUCUCCAUGCCGGUCGAGCAAAUCACCAGGCGCUUGCUUUGACCUCUGGCGAAGCAGGCCGCCUAAGCCUGCUGGGAGGGUACACCGCCUGCCGAAGCCUCGCAGGUCGUGGAGCGAAUUCGUCCUCUGGAUGGGGCUGCGAGGCUGUAGGCGGCGCGCAAGCUACCAGCCCGUUUGCUGCUGCCGGCGGAUAUUUGGCUUUCCGCGUGGGGGGCCACGGCGACGACCGUAAGGGAGCGGCCUCAGCGCCUGAGAACGCCAACGCGGAACAGGUCGCGAAGCAACUACUGCAGAAGCAGCGCACGCGCCAAGGUGUGCUCUCCGAAGCAGAGAUUCUCGACAGGCUCACGAAUCAAAACAUCGCGGAGAUCCAGUACGAGUUCGCCGCCCGUAAUGGGGAAGUGGACGUUGUGGAGUUCAUUCACAUUCUGGGGCGCCGGCUUCGAGAGAGCCAAGACGCCGACACUGCCUCCUAUUUGGCGCUGCGCGUGGGCGACGCUCAGAGCCGCCUCGCAGGAUGGGUGCCUCCUCCCUCCUCUUCUGUCGCGGGUUUGCCGCCGCGCGCAAGCGGAAAAGGGGGUUUAAUCGGCGCAGGAGGCUGUUUGGCGGCAUCAGACGAUGGAAUCCAGGGAAAAUCGGCAACCCGCGAGUCUGUUUGUGGCUCCUCAACUGCGGGGUUCCCAACUCGCGGCGGGGGCCGGGUGCUCAACGGGAUCGGCGAGGAUCGAAAGCGAGGCUUGUGCCUUCUACCGGAGGCGAGAGCCUCGGAGCAAGGCGUCAGUGAGAGUUGGGUUCGAGGCCGCGGAAGUGUCUACGCGCUCCAGGAUUACCAUGAAGCCAUGCAGAGGGAGCUGGAGGAGGGCGGUCGGCUCAUGGAGCUGUUUGACCUCAUCGACGUGGACGACACUCAGAAAGUCUCGUGGGAGGCGUUCACGAGCUUCGUCGUCGAUCGCGGCCGCAACGAAGAUGCGCUGAAACGGCUGCACACGCAUCGGGUGGAAAAAGCGGACUUUCACGACCCCCGCGUUCACGUGUGCCCCGUUGAGCGACUCGCUCUCGCGUACGACCCUGCGAUCGGCCUCGACGCGGUUUUCUACUGCGAGGAAGGCUCCAAGACUGUCGAGCUGGCGGAUCCCUUCCUCCAGCCCCUCGCGAACCUGCCGCCGCUGCCCCAAAGUUUCAGCAUCACGGCGCUGGCCUACUGCCCCCUCGUCCACCAAGUCGUCGUCGCCGCCGCAGACUUGUCGCUGACUUUCUACGAUGUCAAAGGAACUCUCGCCGGAUCGAGCGGCAGAGGCGGGUUUCAGAUGCCCUCUCCGUGUAGCCCGACAGAUCUCCCACCUGCAGGGAGCCCGCGAGCCGCGACGAGAGGAGGCCACGCCGAGCGCACGAGGGCAGACCCCCUGGGUGGCUGGCACGUGACCCGGAAGUUAAAAACUCGCACCUCGCAAACUGUGCUGUUCCCGUCGUCCUCGCGUCCCUGGCUCUUUUCAGCCGAUCACGAGGGGUCGAUCUUCGCGUGGGACCUGCAGAAAAUAUGUGGGCGGCCGGGGGGCUCCGCGGGUGUCUCCGAGGCCGACGUGGCAGAUCCGUUGGCAGGUGCUCGGGGGACAGACAGUCCUCGCUCCCGGACGGGGAUCGAGGAUCGCGCGAUUGACUUGGCCUCUCUCGUCCCUCCCUCCGGACUCCCCGGGCUGCCUCUCCAUCUGCCUCGGUUGGCGGGAGGCAGCAGCGCCGGCCGCACAACGCUCUCUCCUGCUGGUGGCUGGGAGUAUUCCACUCUAGGGACGAGUCCGGGCUCCGGGAGCUUCGAGGGCAGGUCGCCGCACACGUCAGGCAGGAGCAGCUUUGCGGGUCUUGUCUGGAGCGACGCGCCCGAAGCGGGCCCGGGGGGCCUCGCUGCGGCCGCGCCGGCCUAUGGCACGUCGGUCGCGCCUCGCCAGCAGCCGCUUGUGGGCGGGAAGAGCGAGGGGCGAGUCAGGAGUGCAGCCGGAAGCAGAGACGCAUCCCUUGCGCGGGAGCGCUCGGCCUUGGAGGGCGUGUCGUCGUUUGAAUCCUUCACCGAUGACGGGAGGCCGUCGAUCGUCGUUGGCAGCCGGCGGCCUCGCCACUGGACGGUGGGACGGAGCCCCGCUCGCGUGGCCCCGGCGGACGGGGGCACGGGCUCCGAUGGCGCGUGCAGAGAGCAUCUCCUCGGCGGAAAACGCCAGGCUUCUGGAAGCACAUCACAAAGUCUGCUUCGGGGGCCUUGUCUGAAGUCGCGGCCGACCUCGCCAGAAUCCGCCAGCGACGCCGUUGCGGCGUCGCGCCCUUCCAGCUCCGGAGUGUCCACGGGCCUUCGCCGCGCUAUCGGCGCCGGAGGCGAAGGCAGUGAGCAAGUGCUCGACAGCCUGGGGCUGUUCGCGACGAACUCAGGAGUCUCGGCUGCCUGCAGCCAAAAGAGUGGGCCUUGGCCUUCCUACCCCGGCACAAUGGGGAGGAUUUGCAAAUCGCGUAGUCACGCCGGCGCCGCGAGCAGCUGCAGCGGGGCGCUGACAGGGACGUCAGGCUCUCGCUCUCAGAGCGGGGGGCUCUCAGCGUCAGCCUUCUUUCCUCAUGGGAGUCUCACUCGCCGCGAAAGGGAAUCGCAGGCGACGCCUGCUGCGGGCUCGCCCUUUAGCUCGUCCUAUCAGAAUCUGUCGCCCAUGCCCAGUGAAGGCGCCCGGUCCUGCGCUGACAGCAUCUCUUCGCCGGGCGUCUUGGGUUUGCUGGCCCGCCACCGGAGAAACUCUGCCGGGGGGGUCGGCGCGAGUUCAGCGGUCCCCCAGGAGCCGCAGGGGUACUUGCUCCGAUGGAGGCAAUACCGCGCGCACGGAGACAUCGUGACGGCUCUCGAAGAGCUUCAGGUCAUGGAGUUGCUGGCGUCCUGCGGUAUGGACGGCAAGGUCUAUCUGUGGGACGCGAACAGCGGCGAGCUCAAGCGGAGGCUCGAUGGCCACGCGCGAGGCGUCCGGGCGCUCUGCUUUGACAGCGAAAACCGCGUGCUUCUCUCUGGAGGGUUCGACUACAAGCUGCUGGCGUGGAACCCCUACGUAGGCAAGAAGCUGCACACCAUUCGCGGGCACUCUGCACCGGUAGUCAGUAUCUGCAUGCUCGGUGUGCGGAGUCGGCAGUUCGUCUCCUUUGACUCAGAGGGAAUCGUCAAAGCUUGGGACCUCAGCACGUCCGCGUGCCUCCAGACGCUGGUAACCGACGACUUGGCUUCGGUUCGCGCAGUCGUCGCUCUGCCCCAGCAUCGCGCGUUGGUCUCCGCCGGGCGCCGCCUCGUCGCGCUCACAUACGGCCGCAGCCAGGAGGCCUCGGGGUCUGCGGGCUCGGGAGGUGGCUCCGGAAGCGGCGCCUCGAGACUUUCUGGCCGCCCCUCAUGGGACGCACGGCCCCUCGGCACGGCCAAAAAGAAGGCGCUCGGCUCGGCGACCUGCCGAGCGGCGAGGCCCAGGCGCGACGACAGCCGCCAGGGCGGACGAGAGGCGGUGCUGUCGAAGGCGAUUGCCCACCUCGUCGUUCGCGUCCUUGUCACCGUCGCGGGGCGGCAGCUGCGGGUCUGGGAUCUCUGUCGAGGCGCGCUGGUGUCCUCCAUCGAGCAUGUCUGCGAAGGGCCUGAGCACACGGUCAGCGACAUCUGCAUGGACGAGAAGGGCAGAAAGGUGUUUGUCGCCGACCAGCAAGGCUGCAUCUGCGCCUACAGCGUCUGCACUGGGCAGCUCCUCCAGCGCUUCAGAAGCCACCAGGCGGAGGUCGCGCAGCUUCUCUACGUCGGCGGCGAGGACAAGAAUCUCAUCUCCGUCUCCUGGGACCGCUCGAUCAUCAUCCACGACGACGCGCCGGCCCCCUCGAAGACCGCCUGCGGAGAAGGAGCUGGGCAUCCCUCGGGGGGUUUGGCGGCCGCUGCAGCGAGUCUCGCGCGCGCGAGCCGCUCCGCUUCGCCUCACCCGCCGGGAAACCCGCGGGGCGAGGGGCGGGAGGUCGUAGACAGCCCCGCCGCUGGACAGAGGCUUCCCAGGGCGAAAAGCCCCGGCGCAAAGACUCGCGGCCUGCACACGCCCGCCGAGAAAGGCUGCGCGGCGCAGCAGCUCCCUUCUGGCGACCUUCUCGACAGCCUCGUGGGUCGCUCCCGCGCGGGCGCCGGCGCCGCCCUCCGGCCGCCGCCUUCCUCCGCCAGCCCGGCCGGGAAGGCAGGGGCUGGGGUGUCUGCGCGCAUGCCGGCGGAGAGGAACGCGAGAGUGUGGCGCAUGGUGAAGAACGCUCAUCUGGGCGAUGUCACGUGCUGCACGUUCAGCCGGCGUCUGGGUCUCUUGGCGACCGGCAGCGCAGACUGCGCCAUCUUUGUGUGGGACUACGAGCGCCUUCGGCGCGUCACGAGUCUCUUUGGCCAUAAACACGACGUCACCAGCUUGGCAUUUGUUGAGCCCCUUCCGCUGCUCUGCUCCGCGGACGCGGGGGGCACCCUGUGCGUCUGGGUCUUGCCUCCCCAUCCCCACGCGAUCCAGGUCCUCGAGACCCUCUCUUCGCCCCUCCUGGGCCCGCAGCCGUCUACAGUGAGGCUGCCUGACCUCGUGCGCGCGGCCGCGCCGCUCAGCAGCUCCGCCGGUGGGCGAGCCAGUCGCGCAGCUGACAGCCUCGGCGAACGCUGUGGAGAGGGCCGUCAAGACGCUAAUGGCGCCCCGCCCUGGAAGGCAGAUCAGGGCGUCGCGACGCUCUCAUGGGUUCCUCAGGGCCCUCGCGGCUGUGGCGCGCGUCGUGGGCCUCUCGCAUCCCCGGAAGCGAGCGCCGAGCCGCGCCGCGCCUCGUCGUCGCCCUCGGGUGCGCCUGCCACAAGCGGAGAAACGCACGCUUCUACGUUGUGGCGCCCAACCGCUCAAAGUGACGAAGCAUCUGCCGUUAUGCCAGGCGAGCACGGGGGUCCCCGGGGCAGCACCCCGUUUGCACUCGCGAACGGCGCUGGCGACCGCCCGUUCCAGAAGGACUGGGGCUUGCCCUGCGCAGCAGCACGUGCCUCCAGGCCGGCUUCUAGCGCCCGAGGAGGCGCCGAUCCUCUCGCCACGCUGCUGCUUGUGCGCAUGGUGGACAUGGAGCGCGUGGGCUCGACGACAGCGCUGACUUCCCUCGCGGUCGCUUGUCGCAUGCACUCCUGGGACCCUUCCGGCGCCGGCAGAGGCCGCACGCUCCGGUUCGCCGACUCGACUGCCGUCGCCGCGAGCCCGAGCGUCGAGGAGACCGAGGGCCUUGGAUCUGGCCACGCCACGCCGCCCCUAUCCGCCCCCCUGGCGGGGCACCCUGCGGUGCGCGGCGGCGAGUCGAGGCCGGCUGGGCCCGAAGACGCCAGCGCGGAGACUCCCGGCGUUCCACACAGCACGACGUUCCUUACCAGCAGCGACGGCAGCGACCCCCUCAACCGCCGCGAAGGGGCCGCGGCCGCUGUCAGCGGCCGCGUGGCGCCCUGGGCCCCCGAAGCCCUCAUCGAGGCAUCGCGCGGCGGGGGAAAGCAGCUCGCUGCGCACGCCGGGGCGAGGCCUACCCCGGCCCACGGCCUGCUGCUGCGGUCAAGCUCGGAGGAGCGGAGAGUCGGGGGAGAAAUCCUCAUCUUCGCAGGGGAUGAGCAGGGGCGGGUGCGUGCCUGGGAUGUCUCGGUCCUCCUGGCGCUCCUGCCAGACACCGAACCCGUGACGGCCAAAACAGACUGGCAGCCCCACCGCGUGUACCAUGCGGAUCUUCGCGACAGCACGGUGCACCUCUUCCAACAAGUCAUUCAGCUGCAGCGGCGAGUCAAGUUUCUCGACUGGAGGGCGGCGGCGGCCCCCUCUGGAGCGCCUUCGCCGACGCCCCCCUCGCACGCCUCGCGGCCCGAGAGCCCGGAGCGCGCCCCUCCGCGUCUCCUCGUGGGUGCGACCCCCGCGUGGGGCAGCGCAGCGAGGGGCGGAAACCUCGCACCCGUAGCCAAGCCUUCAGCUGCUGGAGAACAAGGCGACGCUGCCGCCGCCACGCUUGACGAGAGAGAGAGAGAAGCAGCGGGGUCGACUUCUCCGCGCUCAACGCCACGGGCGGCGGAGAUGAGGCGUAACUUGUCUCGGCGAAAGCGAAGCAGCGUCAGUCUCGGGGAUGCCGCUUCAUCAGACAGAGACUCCACGCGCAUCGAGGCUCAGCCACCGAUAGCUGGAAGGGGCCGCCUGCCGCGAGCGGGGGCACGAGGUGAAAAGUCCAGGGACGCAGCCCGCAGCAGCGAGGCGGCGGGCGAUCCGGCCCCGCCAGAGCUCCCUGCGAGAUCUGCGAGCGUGUGGUCCGCUGGAGGCGCGGGCGGCGAACUCCGCGCGAGUGUUUCGGGGGGUGGGUCGCCUUUUGCCCGUGGCGCGGGAGGAAGCGGCGGCGCCUCUGGGGGGUCGCUCCUUUCGCGGGUCGGAGGCCCUGCGUCGCCAUACCCCGGGGGCGGAUGGUGGGGCGAGGCAGCAGCUGGGCCGACCGUGGAUCCACUUCUCAGCCACGACGAAAUUCCGGCUCUCUUCGCCGCCGCACCUGUCAAGCUCGUCGGCCUGUGGCAGGCACACGGGGCGAGCGUGAAGAGCCUCCAGCUUCUCCAUCUGGGGAGCUUCAAGGCUCAAAAAACCUCGCAAAGCGAGGCCGCGGCCGACGCUUCUGGGCGAGGGGCCUCGGGGGACAAGUCGCCCCCGGGCCCCCCUCCAGGCAGUCCCUCGAAACCUGCAGGCGCCUCGCCGCGCUUCAAGAUGCUUCUGGUGUCAGCAGGAGAAGACGGCGCGGCCCGCGUGUGGGACGUGUCGGGUCUCUCUCCCUCUCAAGGGCCUCCGCUGCGGGCCCUACCCACGCUCUUCCUCGAUCUGGCAGAGGCUGAGCGCGCGGCGUCGGGGGCCUUGGUGGCCGCCCACGUCCCCGGGGUUCUCGCGUCCGCGCCCCGCGGUUAUCGGGAGUCUUUCUGCGGCGACGCGCCUCGAAGCUGUCUGUCUCUGCAGCCCGACGAAACAGCGCUCGCUCUUCCUCCGGCUCCAGGCUUCCGGCUGGGGCCGAGAGAGACAGAGUCUCUCCGGGCUGCAGCGGCGCCCGCUCUCGGGGCGGGUGACCCGUCCGCCCCCUGGAGUUCGGCCGGCAGCGGCGCAUGUCUCGCGUCGAGCUUCCGACUGGGCGCGUGCCGCGAGAGUUCCGCAGAGAGCGGUCUAGGCCCUCCAUGCGAAGGGAGGCCGCCGAUUACUCUCGUUGGAGACUUGCAGACGACUGAAGCGAGUGGGGCGGCAGGCGCCGCAGCGAGGAGAGGCGCGCCUGUGGCUGCAGGCGAGCGGGGGGGCUGCGAGGAGGACUUCGGCUCUGGCCGCCCUACUCUGUGGAACGUGGACUUGGGCGAACUGGAGGGCCUGGCCGUCGGCGCCUUCAUGGGCAACGGAACUGUGGCGCCCGCAGUCAGCGGCGCCAGGCGCCUCCUGGAGACGCACAUGCGUGUCAAGGAGCUUGCCCGCCAGCAGCAGCUGGCUGAGCAGCAAGCUGCUCUUCAACUGGAGAGUUCGCUGCAGCUGGACGUUCCCCACCUGUUUCCGCUCGUGGGGCGAAGAGACUCUGUCGUGGAGAGCGGGGGCCGCGACGCCUCGGCGAGCCGCAAAUCCGCCGAAGACCCGCUGCCCGAAGACUACGCAGUGGGGCCCAACGGCCAACUCAUUCUGGGGGGCGGCAACUGGAUAAAAGGCGCAGACAAAGGCGGCGGGAUCUGGGCCGCCGUGUACGCCAAGAGGCGCACAAUCGUGGAGCGAACUGCCUCGUUCUAA